AUGUGUUUAAAGGACAUUGUUAUACCUGCGGAGAUUAUGGGCAUACAACCAGACAAUGUAUCGGGUUCGCCCACAGACAACCGAAUGGGGUACCACAGGCAGGACGGGAUCACUUACGGCCUAACCAGCAAAGGAUGCCGUUUGGUAUUUUUAGAGGUACUUGCUAUUCUUAUGGAGAGUACGGUCACACUUCCAAGCAGUGUCCUAGACAAGGAGAUACCGGGCCGUCCAAGUAGGAGGGUACCGAAUCACAAGGAGGAUGGUUCUUUUAAGACACGUGUUGCAGAAGGAGCCGUUUAUGAUGUAACAAAAUUUGGUGCCAAGCCCAAUGCAGAUAUUAGACAGGCUCUUUUGACUGCUUGGAGAAUGGCAUGUGGAACGAGAACUGCAAGCACAAUUAUAAUUCCAGCAGCCACAUUUUCGUUAAGUCAGAUACUUCUUCAAGGUCCUUGUGGUGCCCCUAUUGGGAUUGAGCUCAAAGGCAUCCUGAAGGCCCCUCCUCUCAAUCAAAUCAAAGCUGAUGCCUGGGUUGUUUUCCAGAAAGUUGACCGCUUAAGCCUAUCAGGUGGUGGAACUUUCGAUGGCAUGGGUGCCGAAGCUUGGAAAACUUGUGUCCCAAAGAAAAAAUGCCCUCCACGUCCUUCUGGUGUACGGUUCAACUAUGUAAACAAUUCUAUGAUCAAUGACAUAACUUCCAAGGACCCCAAAAUGUUUCAUAUUACUGUUUUCGGAGGCACUAAUGUGACUUUUCAAAGACUUACCAUCGUUGCACCAGAAGAUAGCAGGAACACUGAUGGACUCCACAUUGCACGUACAAGCAACAUAAAAGUCCUUGAUUCAAAAAUAGGAACCGGGGAUGACUGCAUAUCAUUUGGCGAUGGUGCCCAAAAUAUUCACAUUGAAAAGGUGAAAUGUGGACCUGGUCAUGGCAUCAGCAUUGGAAGUCUCGGCAAGUACCCAAGUGAACAACCUGUUUCUGGAAUUACAGUUAAGGACUGCACCCUCACUAGGACAAUGUAUGGAGCAAGAAUAAAAACAUGGCGUGGAUCCCCUCCUAGCACCGCCUCUGAUAUUCGUUUUGACGGUAUUACCAUGGACAAUGUUGCAAACCCCAUCAUCAUCGAUCAAGAAUACUGCGAUGCAAGAUUUAAAUGCCCAGCUAAGCCUCCAUCUAAAGUUAAGAUCAGCAAAGUGAGCUUCAAAAACAUUAAAGGCAGCUCCAAAACCCCGGCUGCUGUCAAGCUUCUUUGUAGCAAGGAUGUGCCAUGCGAAAAUGUGGAGUUUGGUGACAUUGAGCUGACCCAUAAUGGAGGCCCUGCCAAGUCCGAAAUUACAAAUGUUAAGCCAAUUGCUUGUGGCAGAGUAAAUCCUGCACUGGGAAGAGCUUAA